GUUUGACAUCUGUGUGGCUGACAGAACAACAAUGAUGUGUCUUGAAAUGUAAACUAAAUAUUUUCAUAAUUUUAACAUGGAUAUUAUUAGUUUGAAAGAAAUUCAAAGCAAAUUACUGCUGUGGGAAACCUCAGAAAAUCCAUUAGCUCCUCUUACUUCGGAUCAAAGGGAGGCUAUUUUAGAUUUGGAAGCUCUUGUAACUGGAAAUUGUGCCGCUAAAGAAGAGGGAUCCAAUAAAACUCAACCUGACGAGCCUUUAGAUAAGUCCACUAUACCGUCUGUGGAUUCAACAUAUGACUUUCUGGAAUGGUAUGAAAGUCUUUGCGAGAGCUCUGUCCGUAUAAAUGAUGCUCCAUAUGAGGCAUAUUACAAACAACUGGAGGACAGGAGAAAUGAGUGUGUUUCACUCACCAAUCAGAUAGGAGCUACAAUGGCAGACCUGAAGAAGCUAUCGGAACAGUAUAACCUAGUGUCCAACAAGACAAAUGCUCUUCACAUGAUGAGUGAGCAGUUGUUGGCAGAUCAGAAUAAACUCUCCAGUAUAGGUGAAGACAUUAAGCAGAAGUUGCACUAUUUCACCCAAGUGGAGCACUUGUCCCAGAGACUCAGUAGUCCUACAAUGUCCGUUAAUAGUGAAACUUUCUUCAAUGUGUUGGCUAAAAUUGAUGACUGUUUGGAUUACAUGAGAGCUAAUAACACGUUUAAAGAAUCGCAUACCUAUCUCGUCAAGUACCGCCAUUUGCAAAACCGUGCGAUCUCUUUAGUACGCUCGUACGUGACCCACGUACUGAACCACGCCACAGAGCAGGUCUUAGCGCCUAGUGACGACGGGUGUACUGACCAGGAGAAUAUGGACACUGCCUACGCUGUGUACUUCGGGAAGUUUCAAGCUGCAGCGCCUAAAUUGAAAAUGGUUAUCACCGAAAUUGAGAAAAGGGCUGAAACGAAUGAUGACUACGCGUCGCUACUAUCGGACCUCCAACGUGAAUACGCUGUGCGCCGGCGCCGCGUGGCCGGCGCGCCCACGGCCGCCGCACUCGCGUCCGCCGCCAGCAGUCACGUGCGCGACCACUGCGCGCUGCUGCGGACCUCGUGUUCCUUGUUAGCGCACGCGUGCAGGGACGAGUGUGCGUUGUACUCGCAUUUCUUUAGCAACCCAUCGCCGGCACUUGACGAAUACCUGCAAUCGCUGUGCGUGGGCCUGUACGAGACGCUGCGCCCGCACAUCAUCCACAUCAACCAUCUGGAGACGCUGGCCGAGCUCUGCGUUAUACUGCGGCUCGAACUCAUUGAGGAGCAGGUCAACAACGACCCGGUAACGCUGGGGGCGCUGGGGGCGGCGGCGCACGCGCUGCUGCAGGACGCGCAGGAGCGCCUCGUGUUCCGCGCGCACGUGCUGCUGCGCGCGGACGUGCUGCUGUACCGGCCUGCGUGUGGAGACCUCGCCUACCCCGACAAGCUGGAGAUGAUGGAGCAAAUCGCCCUAUCGAUCCAUGAGCAGAAUCUUAAACGCAGCGACUCCCACAACUCCAUGGUGUCGGACAUAUCCGCGACGUCGCAGGAGGUCGCCAACAUAACUGUGGAGGCGCAGCGGCGGCCGCAGCCCUCGCCGGCUGACCUCCACGGCAUGUGGUACCCCGGAGUCAGGAGGACUUUAGCUGCAUUGUCCAGGCUUUAUAGAUGUCUGGAGAAGAAGGUCUUCCAAGGCUUAGCUCAAGAAGCGAUAUCCCUCUGCGUGCAGAGCAUAGAUAACGCGGCCAAACUGAUAAGCGCGAGCAAAACGCCCAUAGACGGGGAACUAUUCCAAAUCAAACACCUAUUGAUAUUGAGAGAACAGAUCGCGCCGUUCCAAGUCGAUUUUAUAAUCAAAGAGACAACUUUAGACUUCAGUAAUAUGAAAAAUGCCGCAUACGGCUUGAUACAGAAACCAAGGCAGAUAUUUUCGUUGAAUAGUAACAAUGCGUUGUUGGAGUUUUUGUUAGAGGGUACGCCGAUGGUGAAGGAACAUCUUUUGGACUCGAGGAAGGAGGUCGAUAGACAGUUGAAGGCGUGCUGUGAAGUUUUCAUCAAGGACGCCACUGAAGUUUUAGCUGGACCGUUGAUUGCUUAUGUGGAAAAGGCACAAGCCCUCCCCCCCCCGGAGCUGCAGCCGCAGCCGGCCGCGGCCGCGGUGCGCGACACGCAGCGCGCCGUCAGCGCGCACCUCGCGCCGCUGCAGCGCUCCAUGCAGCUCUACCUCGCCAACAAGGAAACAGAAUUCAUACUCUUCAGGCCUAUCAGGAAUAACGUCGUCGGCUAUUUCGUACAAAUGGACCAAAUUCUCACCACAUGCGGCUUCUCUUAUGAAGAUAGAUUGAUUGUAGCGUGCCCUACGCCCGAGCAAGUUUCCGUGUUCAUCUCCUCCGCCAGCCUCAUCAGCCACGGCGAGCCAGUGUUGCCAUACGGCAAGAAGAGGAGGACUAGCACUGUCCGCAAGCCCAGUGUUGCCAGUGUGCAGGAGAGUGAUAAACCACCAGAAACUUCUAAUACUAUUAACGUAUAAAAAUGUAUUUGUGCGGUUAAAUUAUUUGAAGUAUUAAUUAUGUACUAUUAUUGAGAUUUUUCUUAUUAUUUAGUUAAGGGGAUGUCAUUAGAAUCUUCUUAUAGUGGCCGCACUAUCGCACAAAAGUUCGUAGUCUGUCAAGUAAAUGAAGAAAUUAAAUGAGGGUGCUGUCUCCUGGCAACAUUGGGUGUUUAUCAACCAAUCUAAAUCAUUGUAUUAGGUAUUGCAAUGGCAAAAACAGUAGUUUGUUAAAAAUCCGUUUUCUUUCUUGAUAUACUGUAAGUAUAAUUUAUAAGCUUCGCGCAAUAAUUAGCUUGAAGUUUGCGAUAGUGCAGCCAUGGGGUUUAGAUUAGGUAGAAAAGGAAAACAUUUAAAAUUAAAAUCAUAAUAUAAAAACAGAUUGGUUUAUUUACACAUUUUAUUAACUUAAUUUGCUAUAAUAAAUACACAGUACACCAAAAACAUUGUUUUAUUUGAAUAAAACAACAGACAUUGAGUGAAGUUUUUAAUGUGUUUUAUGUUUUCUUAAUCACUGAUUUAAAUACGAACUCUAAAAUUAUACUACAGCAAAUUACACUCUGGCCCAAAACAUUCCUCCACGAAUUCUAGUGUACUCAGGUAGACCUUCAACUGGUCCUACAGCUGCAACUGCAGGGCAGCGGUCAAACAAGUACUUGAAGCAGACGUCACGGACGUUCUGGACUGUCACAGAGUUGAUGCGGGCAUCGAGCUCAUGGAUCGGGAUACGUCUAUUGUAGCAGAGCAUCUGGCGGCCAAUGUCCUCGCAGACAGGGGUGGUGCCAUCCAGCUGAAGAAGCAUGUUUGUCUUCAACAAGUUCUUUGCACGCUCCACCUCUCCCUCAGUAACUGUCGUGCAAAGUUUCAUCCAUUCCUUCUGAAUAUUGAAAAGCAUAUCCUCAAUUUGCAAAGGCUCAGACACAAAGUAGAUGCCCCAUAGUCCAGUGUCUUUGUAGCACGUGUUGAAAGACUGGAAACUAUGGCAGAGGUUAUCCGAAGAUGCUGCACGUGCGAGGUAUGAGGCAUUGUUGCCACCACCACCCUGAGAGCGGUCCCAUGCUCCAAUCAAAGUAUUGGCCACCAUUAGGGGAAUGUUAUCAGCAUCUGUCCAACCUGCACCCUCUACUGCAACAGCUACGUGCGCAAGGGGCAUUGAAUCAUCUCUAACACGGAUUUCAGAACCAGUGUAACGGCAAGGUGGUAUCUCAAUUGCUUGUGCUGUGUUUUUUAGUCCACUGAAGUGUUUGUUAGCUAGAUCAACCAACUUCUCAUGCUGAACCCCACCAGCUCCUGAGAGGACAAUACGACUUGGUUGGUAGUGGUUCUUAAUGUAUGCCUGGAGGUCAGCCUUCGAGAUUUUUUUGAUGUUCUUGGUCGGUCCAAGGAUGGUCUGGCCCAGGGGAGU